AUGGAAAUAGCAGCAGACCUACAGCCCAUCAUUAGUUGGAGCUUGGUGACAUCUGAAGAAGAGCGAGAAAAAGGUCUGGCCCUUCUGCUGAAUGCUCAUCUGGGGUCUACCUACAAUCUGGUAUGCUACUUCACCAACUGGGCCCAGUAUCGGCCAGGCCUGGGGCGUUUCACACCUGAUGACAUCGACCCUUGCCUGUGUACUCACCUGAUCUAUGCCUUUGCUGGGAUGCAGAACAAUGAGAUCACUACCAUAGAAUGGAAUGACAUUGAAUUCUACAAAGCUUUCAAUGGCCUGAAAAACAGGAAUAGCGAAUUGAAAACCCUCUUGGCCAUUGGAGGCUGGAACUUUGGAACUGCACCUUUCACUGCCAUGGUCUCCACUUCUCAGAACCGCCAGACCUUCAUCACUUCAGUAAUCAAAUUCCUGCGCCAGUAUGGGUUUGAUGGCUUGGACCUGGACUGGGAAUACCCAGGCUCUCGUGGGAGCCCUCCUCAGGACAAGCAUCUCUUCACUGUCCUGGUGAAGGUUCAUUGA